CUCAAGUACUUCUGUAUCCUCUCCCAAAUUGAAAAAGUGUUUCUUCCCCUUCUUCUCCUUUGGACUUUCAACAUAACUCUCCUAUUCUGCUUGCUCAAUCAUCCUGCGCUGAUCCCUUCGCAUUCCAUUCUAAUCUCGCAUCCGUUCGAUCCGCCAGUCGCUAUCCUACGCCACAAAUCCCUCCACCCCCCUGUGACGUACCGCGGUUCGUCCCACUCGCAUUUAGGCACUAUAUAAACAGAAGCCUUACACUGCGCCCCCUUUCCACCCCUAUUUCAGCGCCGACUCAACAAUUUUUUGGAGCUUCUGGAAUUCUUCUACAUGCUUUGCACUCUGUGAGCAAACUACGACUGAGUGUGGUACUCGAAAAAAGAAAAAUGGCGUCCGUCACAUCCUUGGAUAAGGACUUGCGCAAUCUGCGCCUGUCCCGCUAUACCCCGCAAGCAGCCGCGGAAGUCCGCAGCUGGAUUGAAGAAGUCCUCCAUGAAAAGCUCCCUGCAGGCGAUCUUCUGGAAGCCUUGAAAGAUGGAGUUGCUCUAUGCAAACUCGUAAAUCUCGCCGUGUCGCCAGGUGUCAAAUACAAGCAGUCAUCCAUGCCUUUCGUGCAGAUGGAAAACAUUUCCCACUUUCUGCGCGCAUGUCAAAUGCCACCCCUUAGCCUUCCCCCGCAUGACGUCUUUCUGACCGUCGAUCUCUACGAGGCCAAGGACCCCGCUCAGGUGCUUCAAUGUCUUACCUCAUUCAGCCGACGGGCCAAUGCUCUCCAGCCCAACAAAUUCCCUUACGCACUUGGCCCGCAAUCCAAGGGCAAUUCUCUCAGUCCGCAUGUGACGGGGUCCAGCCAGGGAGGUGCCUAUACACCCACCAGGUCGCGGGGGUUCGGCGGUAGUGACUCGGGUCACACGAGCCCAGCGAGAUCGCCGCAGCCCGUAAGCAGCUGGAGCAAGAGGUCGGACGAGCAUUCCACAGCUCCAGCUUGGAACAUCCAUCAGUACGGCUACAUGGGCGGAGCCAGUCAAGGGAACCAGGGUGUGGCAUUCGGUGCGCGACGCCAGAUCACCACGGCAGCCCCCCACGUCCCCAGCCUAGCAGAGAAGGAGAAACGCCGGCGGGAAGAGGAGGAAAGGAGACGGAUACAGGAGCUGGAGGACGAGCGUCGACGCCAGCAACAGCUCGAAGCCGAAGAAGAACAGGCCCGCCUUGAGGAAGAACGCCGCUGGGAGGAGGAAACGGCGCGCGCGCGAGAACAGGAGCGGCUGCAGGUGGAGGCGGAGCGGAAACGCUGGGACCAGCAACAGCGCGAGUGGCAAGAAGAGGAGCGCAAGCGUCAGCGUGAGGAACGCGAGACGGAAGAACGACUGGAGAAGGAGCGACUGCAGCGUCGCGAAGCGCAGGACAGCCGCCUCAACGGACAAUUUCUCAGUCAAUACCAAGCAAGCAUGGCCGGCUCCGGCAAACCCGCUGCCGCGUCCGAGUCCCAGGAGCGCCAGCGCAUUCGACAACUCGAGCACGAGCUGGAGCGGGCCAAGGAGCGCGAGCGCCAGUACGAGCGCGAACGGCAGGAGGAUGCCCGCGCAAAUUCCCCUGAAACCGCACGUAGUCCGCGCAAGGUCCCUGUGCCUCCCAAACCAAGCUACGACCUCUCGUCCCUCGAGCAAGAACGCCGACUACUCCGCGGCGAGUGGCAGAAGCACAACAGCCAGGAUCAUGAAGGAGUCCCGACUCCCAUUGCCGAAAGUCCAGCCAGCCCUCCUCCUCCCUCAUCACCCCGCCGACCUCUCCCCGAACCCAACACUGGAUCCAAACCCGCCCCGCCUCCCCGCCCUCUCCCCGACCCCGCCGCCUACGCCUCCCCGCCUCAAUCCCCCUCCACCCCGCGCAAACCCGUCCCCAUUUCCAGCCCCGUCCGCGGCGCGGGCGAGUCCCGCAUCGACCGCUUCCUCUCCUUCAACCGACCCCCUUCCUCCCCGAAACCCGCCACGCACCGCCCUGCCGACUUCACCACCACCGCGGAGGUCGACGCCGAGAACAGCCGCCGUCUCGCCGCCCAGGAGAAGACCAAAGCCGGCGGCUGGGCGUCCAAGUCCCUGCUCGAGCGGGAGAUGGAGCGCGAGCGCGAGCGCCAACGCGAAUGGGAGGAGAGCCAGAAACAAACCCAGGAGGCCGCUGCUAAGGGUCUGCGUGAUGGGACUCUGGGCAGCGGACCGGGUCAAGCCUGGGACGUGCACCAGUAUGGCUACAUGGGCGGCGAUAAUCAGAACCGUGGCGGGCCUGGCUUGGGUGUUGGAGGCGCCAGGAGGCAGAUUAUCGGGUCCAGGCCUCCUCAGUAAAGUUGUUUGGGAGGGGGUCAGCAGGGGGAAUGUGACUGGACGCGGCUUCGUCCCCUCCCCUCAUUCUAUAUUCAGGAUAUAUAUCUGAUUUGCUUGCCUAUGUAGUGUUCAGAUGCUGAGUGUCAUCGAUUGUGGAGGACAUUUUUCUGGAUUUAAGUGCUGAGCUUCUGUUGUGUGCUGAGGGAAGGAGGUUGUUCUUAUUCUAUACCCGUCCGUCGAUUGGUUUUAAAAUCUCCCUUAUCUGGAAUUGAUAUGCAUUGGAAAAUUCAUG